UAGUCGCUCCUGUCACUGCCUUGCAAGUUUAUGACCUGAGGCCCUUAUAAGACAUGCAAGGACCAAGGUUCUCUACUGCCUGACGACCGCCCAGCAAGCCACAGAAUCAAACACAAUGGCUGCUCUUGCCACGCUGUCGCUGUGUCUUGUAGUUGCACUCACCUCUUCACCAAUCACCGCCACUUUCCUCCCCCCGUUUCCUCCGAUUCCCCCAAUCGGCCUGCAUGGACCACUGCAUGGACCAUUGAAUGGACCACUUCAUGGACCACUGCAUGGACCACUGAUCCCUUUUCCAGUGCCUCCAUUCUGGAAUCCACCCUUGUUGCCCCUGAUGGAACACCAAGCCUUCCUCGGCAAGCAUCUGUUGUUCCCUAACAUCCCCUUCCCAUGGGUCCCCCCGCACGGUGAUCCCAUCAUCUUGCCUCCUCUUCCUCUUCCCAAGGUGCCACACCCAAUCAUCCCCUAUCCACACCCGAGAGUCCAGGUCUCUGGUGGUUUGCCCACAAUCACGGGUAUCGACGGAGAUGUGAACGUGAGAGGGCCUAUCAUCUCUGGUGUCAUCAGCAACAUAGACGGCGAUGUGAAUGUGAAGGGAAGAGGAUAUGGUUACCCUCCCACCUUCAAGGGCCCUUCUAGUCUGCCGGCCGUCGUCAAAAACAUCGACGGUGAUGUGAAUCUACGGGGGUCUGCCCUCCCUCGCUUCAUCGGCAACAUCGAUGGAGAUGUCACGCUGGGUGGGUCAGGCAUCGGUGGCCUCGACAACGGCAACGGGUACAAGGACAACGGCAACGGGUACGGGGACAACGGCAACGGGUACAGGGACAACGGCAACGGGUACAGGGACAACGGCAACGGCAACGGCUACAGAGACAACGGCAAUGGGUACAGAGACAACGGCAACGGGUACAAAGACAACGGCAACGGCAACGGCUACAGAGACAACGGCAAUGGGUACAGAGACAACGGCAACGGGUACAGGGACAACGGCAACGGGUACAGGGACAACGGCAACGGCUACAGAGACAACGGCAACGGGUACAGAGACAACGGCAACGGGUACAGAGACAACGGCAAUGGGUACAGAGACAACGGCAACGGAUUCAAGGACAAUGGCAAUGGUUUUUACGACAAUGGCAAUGGGGGCGUGGGCCACGUGUACUGAAGGGUCUGUAAAGGACCUUCAACUAUUUUUGUUGCUGAGUUUGAGGUAAACAGUUGCAAGAGUAAGAAAAGCUGCUUGUGAACUUUUCCUCCCUCGAGACCAGUGUAUGGUUAGCAUGAGGUCAGAGGUCAAAACAUAAAAGCGUUGUUUUUCGUGAAAUAUAUAUUACUUUAGAAAGCUGAUGAUGUUUGUAUGAUUGUCAUGCAUUUGCUGGGCAAAUGUUUGGAGACAAAUAAAUUCAAAGAAAUUCAAA